AUGACUUGCGUGCUUGCUGUGCUCAUUGACCAGCAUAGACCAUAUCUGUGUCCUCUUGAAAAAUUUACCCUCUCCCUUCAUUUCCAUCCUUUCGAUUCACGAAACUACAGGAGUCUGACCCAUUCUGAUUCGGUUCAUUGGCUAAGCGAUUACUUUCUGCUUUUUUACGUCUUUCUCCAUCAAUAGCGAGGCAUGGGUCAAACACUCUCAGCGCCAGCUACAGAGAAGAAAUCAGAGACGGGAGAAGAUGAUCGAUAUCUAUUUGCAGUUUCUGAGAUGCAAGGAUGGAGAAUUACUAUGGAGGAUGCUCAUGUGACCAUGCUAACCCUUGCAGAGAGCACAACAGAUAAAAACACAUUCUUUGCUGUUUAUGAUGGGCACGGUGGAAGUACCGUUGCGAGGUUUGCGGGGAAGAACGUUCACAAGCGACUAAUUUCAGAAGAGGCAUAUCGUGAAAAACGUUAUGAUGAAGCGCUUAAGAAAGCGUUCCUCGGCACCGAUGAAGAUCUCCUCGCUGAUCCGUCGCAUACCCGCGACCCAUCAGGCUGUACUGCUGUGGCUGCUUUGAUAACGGACGAUAACAAGAUUUAUGUGGCCAAUGCUGGCGAUUCCCGGUCUGUUCUUAGCGUGCAAGGUACAGCCAAACCUUUGAGUUUUGACCAUAAACCAUCAAGCGAGACUGAACGGAAACGAAUUACGGAAGCUGGAGGAUACGUAGAAUAUGGACGUGUUAAUGGAAAUCUUGCGUUGUCUCGGGCUUUGGGAGAUUUCGAGUUCAAGAAAAACUACGCACUCGGUCCUCAAAAACAAAUUAUUACUGCCGAUCCUGAUAUCACCGUUCACGAUGUUACAGACGAGGAUGAGUUCCUGAUCCUGGCCUGUGAUGGUAUCUGGGAUUGUCUAUCUUCACAAGCUGUCGUCGACUUCGUCCGGCUAAAAGUGUCAGAGGGCUUGGAACUCAAGGAGAUCGGAGAGAUGAUGUGCGAGCACUGUCUUGCUCCAGAUACCUCAUCGGGGUCUGGUAUCGGAUGCGAUAACAUGACUGUCCUCAUUGUGGCUCUUCUUCAUGGAAGGACAAAGCAAGAAUGGUACGACUGGGUCAAAGAUCGUGUCAAGAACCGCUUCGGUUACGCAACACCUGACACUAUUCCGCCAAUCUAUUCAUCAGACCGACUGUCAUCAUACAGAGCGCGAAGAGAGGCACAGCAAGAGAGGGACAGGUUGAGGAGGGAGCGAGGCGAGGACAACUCGACAAGCAGUUUGUUUGGUGGAAACAGUCCAUUUGCUCGUGUCUUGGGAAGCACUGGUGGCAUCUCUUUCCACCCGGGUUCGGGGAUCCUGAGCGACACUGGUCGCCUCAUGUUCGCCAAUAAUGACGAUGAGGACGACAGUGGCGAUGAUAUGGACACGUCAUUUAGCGGGCGCUCAUUUUUCAGCGACACAUUCGGGCUUCCCCGAGCACAGCCACCGGACGCUGGAGCUGGUUUGCGGGCACGUCUUGCCUCCUUUGAGGUCGACGAUGACUUUGACGAUGAAGAGACUGGCGGGCACUUUGAUGGUGUUGCACGGAUUGAAGAGGUUCAGGAUGAUGAAGGGACUAGCCCCUUUGAUGAAGUGAAUGACGCCCCGAAAUCCCCCAGUCCAUCACCUAGUCCGCCAAAUCCUAGAAUCAACGGAGACGUCACUCCCGUUCAGCAAUUCAAGGUGCCUCUUCAAAGCGACGGCGAUCCCGCGAUGAACGUUGACGGCUUAAUGGCCUCCAGUGAUGACCCUUUGAAGGCAUAGCUGUAUUUCUCAAUAUGUUGUAACUUUCCUUUCACCUGUCAGUGUUGUGUAUUGGGCUACCUUGUGCUUCCUCUCUAACUAUUUUCUUCCUACCCGUCGCCUUCAAAGCUUGACGAUUCAUGAUUCCCUCCUGUGGCAUCACAAGUAUUAUAUGUACUCUUCGAGCUACAGGCUGUCCACUGUACUUUCCUCCAAUUUUAUUCAAAAGAUGUUGUCCAUCA